UCUCCCCCUACCUUUCCCUUCCCACAUUUUCUUUGGCCUUUUCAUCUCUCUUCCUUUUAAAUAAUAUCUUUUACUCUUUUCUCUUUUUAAAUUAAAAAUCUAUAUGCAUAUAUAAAUACAUAUUGGCCUUUCCAUGUCCAUUGUACUUGUUUACGCCAAACAUUGAUAUGGAGAGGAAAUUAGUGAAAUCAAGGUUUAAGAGAGUAUGUGUGUUCUGUGGCAGCAGCUCUGGAAAGAGAGAAUGUUACAGAGAUGCUGCCAUUGAGCUAGCCCAAGAACUGGUGGAGAAAAGAUUAGACCUUGUUUAUGGAGGGGGUAGUAUUGGGCUUAUGGGUUUGGUUUCACAAACUGUUCAUGAGGCUGGACGCAAUGUUCUUGGAAUCAUACCCAGGACUCUGAUGAGCAAAGAGAUUACUGGUGAAACGGUUGGAGAGGUAAAGCCAGUAGCUGACAUGCACCAAAGGAAAGCAGAAAUGGCCCGCCAUUCUGACUGUUUUAUAGCUUUACCAGGUGGGUAUGGAACUCUAGAGGAGUUAUUGGAAGUGAUCACUUGGGCUCAGCUUGGUAUCCAUGACAAGCCUGUGGGUUUACUUAAUGUUGAUGGGUAUUAUAACUAUCUCCUGACUUUUAUUGACAAAGCCGUAGAUGAUGGCUUUAUUAAACCUUCACAGCGUAACAUCUUUGUCUCUGCACCAAAUGCCAAAGAACUUGUUCAAAAGCUUGAGGAGUAUGUGCCAAUCAGUGAAGGAAUUAUAGCAAAAGCAAGAUGGGAGGUUCAUGAACUUCAACAACUACCACCACCACAGCAACCACCUCAGGCGGUGGGGUUUAAUGCUGCCACUUUGCAGACUGAGAUUGCACUAUGAAAAGAAAAAGAGAAAUCAAAUUAAAGGGAAGUUAGGGAAAAAGUCUUUUUAGGCCUUUUUGGGUUUUGCUUCGUAGUGAUUUUGGGGUCUAACGUUACUACCAACCAUUUGAUAAUGGCAUGGAAGGUUUUUGAAUGACUUGGUGAUUAAAAGUAAAAAUAGUGAAAAGAUAAGUGUCUUUUUGUAUGUUGCUGUCACUUUACAGCCAAGAAAUUGACUUAUGGGGGGAUAACUUAAUUAAUUAAAGCUUUGUAUUUUGUCACUUGAAUUAUGUACAAAAGAUAUUAUAGAAAGAAGAAGAAGCGAAAUCUAGAAAAAAAUGGCAGCAGCUUUAUUCUCCAUGGCCAA